GGAGAGAGAGAGAGAGAGAGAGUUUUAAUGGAGGAAGCACAGAUGGCACGGCAUAUAUUACACAGUUGUUGAGACUGUGGGGCUGGCGAUGGUGGGUCAUUUGGGGUUAUCCCCACGAGAAAAUCCACUUCCCCCCUGCUUUCCAUCUUCUUCUUCAAUUUCUCUACCUCACUCUAUCUGCUCUCUAUCUUUGCAUACUCGCAUUCAAACAAAGUCGAUUCUGAUACUCAACACUACUUUGGUUGCUCUCUGUGUCCGUAAUUAGAUUAGUAUGCAGUGCUGCUUCUUCACUGGCCAUGGAUACCCCUGAGAAAACCCAGAUCACUACUUCCCUUUCUAAAUUCGAGGAUUCCCCUGUCUUCAACUAUAUCAAUAGUCUUUCUCCUAUCAAGCCAGUGAAGUCCAUACACAUUACUCAGACAUUCCAAUCACUUAAUUUCCCAUCUGUUCCGUCAAUUUUCACUUCUCCGCAUGUUAGUUCUAACAAGGAAUCUAGGUUCCUAAGAAGGCAUAACUGCUCAGAUCCGUCAAAGUCUGAGUUCUCAUCUGAACAUGGGAAUAAAGUCUGCAGUGAUGCAGGGAGUGGUUUGGAUGCGGCCCAGCUGUAUGAUAACUCAUCUGAGCUACAGGAAAAUUUUGAUCCUGCGGUGUCUAUUGGAGAAGUUUCUGUGGAACCUCCUAGUGAACAUUUGAAAUUUGCAAUUGAGCUGCCACAGAGGUUAAAAUAUGAUUGUGGUAGCCCAGAAUGUGAUGCAACACCUCGUUGUAGUCCUCAAAUCGAUUGUAUAUCAGAAUUGGCUGGCGUCUCACAAAAAUCUUCACCUGAAUGUAAUGUGCAUCCACAGGAGAUAUACCACUCUGAGAAGAAAAAAGAAGCUUCAGAUUGUGACUGGGAGAGUUUGACAUCAGAUGCUACUGACCUAUUGAUUUUUAGUUCUCCAAUUGGCACCAAUGUCUUUAAGGGGCUAAUGCAGAAAUCAGUGGAUCUUGGUGCAAGUUUUUCUACUUCUCUUGAUGAUGUGCAUAAAGUGCAAAUAGAUCCUGUUGAUUCUGGAGAUCAACAAGAGAUAGAAUAUCCUUCAACUCAACCUGGAGAAACUAUUGUGCCAAAGGAAAUAAACCAGAUACAGGACAACCUUGCUGCAAAUAACAAUCCAAAUAAGUGCAUGACUAGUAAUCCAAGUGACGAAGUGGAAAAUGAUGUGGGAAUGUCAUCUCGAGUUGUUUCUAAGGCUGUUUCUAUUUUGCAUUGUGGCAUGCGAAGGCGUUGUCUAGAUUUUGAGACAGUAGGAGCUCGUAGGAAGAAAUUAGGUGGUAAUUCAAAUUCAAGUACUUUUGUAGGAGGGCAAGCUGAUGAGAAGCUUGCCUCUAAAGAUAAACAAUUAGUUCCUUUUAGGCCUGGCGGUGAUUCUUCAAGGUGUGUUUUACCUGGAAUUGGUUUGCACUUAAAUGCUCUGGCAAUGACUUCUAAGGAUAGCAAAAGUGUGAAGCAUGAAGCUUCAUCUUCUGUAAUAAAUGUAACGAGCACUGCUGCUUCGUUUCACUCCCCAAAUACGGGUCAAGAACUUGAUGAAUCAUUGUCUUUAGCUGCUACUGAUAUAGAUAUGGGUCCAAUUGAAAAUGCUGUUCCACUUCUGGAAGAUGUUCCCCAGGCAUCUGCUUGUUUAGUUACUGAAGAAUUCAAUCAUAAUAGCCCCAAAAAGAAGAGGCGUAAGUUGGAUGGAGAAAGUGAAGCCUGCAAGCGCUGUAACUGUAAAAAGUCUAAGUGUCUGAAACUUUACUGUGAAUGUUUUGCUGCUGGUGUCUACUGCAUAGAACCAUGUUCAUGUCAAGAAUGCUUCAACAAGCCUAUGCAUGAAGAUACUGUUCUUGCAACUCGCAAACAAAUUGAAUCUCGCAACCCACUUGCAUUUGCUCCCAAAGUGAUUAGGAGCUCUGAAACUGCAAUCGAAAUUGGGGAUGAAUCCAGCAAAACUCCUGCUUCAGCUAGACAUAAAAGAGGAUGCAACUGCAAGAAAUCUAGUUGCCUGAAGAAAUACUGUGAAUGCUUUCAGGGUGGCGUAGGAUGCUCUAUUAAUUGCAGAUGUGAAGGGUGUAAGAAUGCAUUUGGUAGAAAGGACGGAUCUGCUCCUACAGAAACAGAAGCUGAACCAGAAGAUGAAGCAGUAGGAGGUGAAAAUAGCAGGGUUGACAGAAUUUCGCAGAAAAAUGAAAUCCAGAAUAAUAAAGAGCAAAAUCCAAAUUCUGCUCUUCCAAUGACUCCAUUAGCACUUUGCAGACAAUUGCUUCAGCUGCCAUUUUCAUCAAAGAGCAAGCCACCAAGAUCUUUUCUCAGUAUUGGAUCAUCUUCUGGAUUCUGUACUGGCCAAAAAUAUGGUAAACCCAAUAUUCUCAGACCUCAGCCAAAGUCUGACACUGAACUACAAACCCCUGGUGAUGAUGAUAUGCCUGAGAUCCUCAGAGGCAACUGCUCUCCAAGCACUGGCAUCAAGACUUCUCCCAACAGCAAGAGGGUUUCUCCUCCUCACAGUAUUUUAGGAUCAUCACCUGGUCGGAGGAAUGGCCGGAAGUUGAUAUUGCAAUCAAUACCUUCAUUUCCUUCUCUCACUCCCCAGCAUUGAAAUGAAAUCUUUCCCAUAAAGAUCAGAUGAAAUUCUUUAAACCCUUGUCGUGUUGAGAUGUAGUAGUGUGUCAGUUCAGCUCUCCUUGUACAAUAAUGUGCCAUCUCACUCAUAAUGUCCAAGCACAUCAAGUCAUUGUAUAGCAUGUUGUAAUUUUUCCCCCCUACAGUUUUUUUUUUCCUUUUUAAAUUUAUCUUGAGAUAGCUAAUGUGGAUGCUUUUCCCCCCCUGGAGCUUUUACCCAAUCUAAAUUUUGGCGGUUCACAAAUUAGUGUUUUUUUA